UGGAGGGGCAGGAUUCCUUUUUUCACAAUGCAAUCAUGUUUUACAAGCCCCUUUUCCUGCUCCUGCCCACAUCCCAGCCUACAGCCAGUGUGAGUAAUAACUGCUUAUCACUGCCACACACUGACUCCACGCUGCACAGAGCAUGGGCCAGGGGACCCGCACACAGCACAGGAAAGCGAGUGUGUUCGUUCUUUAAAAGAACAGGAAGGAUAUAAAAAGCUACAACCAACACAAGAUGGCCGGGAACAAGCCACUCUACACCGCCAACGACAGCUGCCGCUUCGACGAGGAGUUUAAAUACAUCCUGCUGCCGCUUUCCUACGGGAUAGUGUGCGUGGUGGGGCUGGUGCUGAACUCCGUGGCUCUGUGGAUGUUCUUGUGUAAGAUGCGCCCGUGGAAGCCCAGCACCGUGUACAUGUUCCACCUGGCGGUCUCGGACACGCUGUACGUGCUCUCGCUGCCCACGCUGGUGUAUUACUACGGCAACCGGAGCCACUGGCCCUUCGGGGAGUGGAUGUGCAAGCUUGUGCGCUUCCUCUUUUACACCAACCUGUACUGCAGCAUCCUGUUUCUCACCUGCAUCAGCGUCCACCGCUACCUGGGCAUCUGCCACCCCAUCUUCUUCCUCAAGCUGGUUAAAGCGCGCCAUGCCCACGUGGUGUGUUUCCUAGUGUGGGGUGCCGUGGCGGUGUGCCUUAUCCCCAAUCUGAUCUUUGUGACUAUCAGCACCAGGGACAAUGACACGCUGUGUCACGACACCACGCGGCCGGAGGAUUUUGAUCAGUACGUCAGCUACAGCUCAGCCGUUAUGACCCUGCUAUUCGGCCUCCCGUUCCUUGUGAUUGUGGUCUGCUAUUGCCAGAUGGCCCGGAAGCUGUGCCAGCCCAGGACGGGGCUACAGUCCCGCCAGCAGGGCGCGCCCAAUUCCCGGAGGAAGUCUAUCAAGCUGAUCAUCGUGGUCCUUGUGGUCUUUGCCCUCUCCUUCGUCCCCUUCCACAUCACGCGCACCCUCUACUACACCUUCCGCGUGCUGGACGCCGACUGUGUGACUCUCAACUACGUCAACUUCGCCUACAAAAUCACCCGGCCCCUAGCCAGCGUCAACAGCUGCAUAGACCCCAUCCUGUACUUCCUGGCAGGGGAUCAGUACCGUGCCAAGCUGGUGAGCGCCUGCACCAAGAAACCUCGCUUCUCCACAAUCUCACUGGUGCCGCGCAAACGGCUCAACAGCAGCCUGGCCGUGGUCUGCAACAACCAGGACUCUGCCUGCACAGCAACCUGAACUGGAGCGGAGGGACGCUGGGGUUUCCACUUUGACACUGUCACCAGUCGUCCUAUUCAGCAGGGGCACCCACGGUUGGAGGCAGGCACUGUAACUUAGUGUGUCCCAGUCCUCAGCCCUUUUUAAAGGACAAUGAUGCAGCCUGGCGGCUAGAGGAACCGUAGGUAAGAGAGGAGAACUGAGUAGUGGGAGGUAGUGGUCUACUUGAUUCACUGCACAGAAAAAGCAUGGGAUUUCAGACAGGGGUAACAAACGCUUCCUGUGCUGCUCUCCGCUCUAACCAAGCCUGCCCUUACACUCACCUGCAGAAUCUGAAUACAAGUCUUGCUGUUAAUAUGCUCACAGAGCUACUGAGCGGCAGACAAAGUGCAUUACGUAACUUUCUUGUAAGCUAAGCUAGCAAGGGCAGUUUGAUUGCAUAUUGUUAACUGGAAACAAAACAGUCUUAUUCACACACUCAAGUUGAUCAUACCAGUGAAUCAGGUUUUACUUUGUUUAGAGGCAUUUUCUAAAGACAACUGUAUUUUGUUUUAGUCGUUUAUAACUAUGUUAUUAAAAACACCGAAAAAAUAUUUGUUAACGUUCUCAUAAAGCAGUUCCAAUUAAAAAUAAUGCAUUUCAAUACUGGAGAAAGACGGCUGAUGGGGUCAACUGAUUCAAAUCGUAUUUACAGCAUUGUUUUUUGAAUUUGUAGACUAGAUCAAAGGGUUACAUCUAUUGCCAUGUAAGAGAGGGAAACAAUAAACAAAACAAAACAAACAUCAAAACAAGUAUGUGCAGUGUCGUCCUCUGUGCCUCAACUCAGAGGCAGCUCAGUCCUGAUACGCUUCCCGGCUGUCUGUGUAACUCAAGUGGAAAAACAUAUCCCGCCUAGGGGCUGCCAUUCCAAAAACCCUCCCAUGAGAGCCUGAGGGACCCUGGGCAGCCUCCCAAUUUGUUUAAAAAAAUAACACCAUAUGUUUUAGCAAAGAAGAACAAAAGAACUGUUGUAUUGUGUAACAUACAGUACAUCAGAAUGCACAAUGCACAGCACACAGAACAUUGCACAAUUAGCAAGCAUGUAAAUUACCAUUGUGCUAUUUGGAAUGGCACAAGAAUAAAAGGGGUUCCGGUAAGCUAUGCCAUUGCAAUAUUGAAUUGCCUGAUUGUCUGCUCCAUUGCAAGGCUUAUGUGAUUCAUUUUCAGUGACUGAAAUUCCUCAUUAAAACCUAAAAGAACCUGUUGCUCCUAAUCAAGUCUGCAUCACAAUCACAUUCUGCAUGUGAUGUUGUCUGCAGAGCUCAGACUUCUUCAAACAGCUCAAUACCAUGGAAGGGCACCACAUCCACUUAAGCGACUGACAGCUCUAUUCGUCAAUGAGAAUCCCUGUCAGAGUAAAGCCCCACCCCCAGUUGAUGCAUUUGCUUUUUAAGCUCUGAUUGGAACUGGAAUAAUAAGGUCUGAGAAAUGGACUCAAAAGACAGCCUGUGUUCUUGAUGUGUAAAUAUGUUUACAUGUGUAUGCAUAUUAAAAA